AUGCCACAGAAAUUGCUUCUAACCGACGCCGUCGUAGUUAAGAGGCUUGCUGAAGGGGCUAAGAACCUCGAAGUUGUGAAGGAGCUUGGAAGGGACCACCGUACUAUCAAGAAGUACCUGGAGGACCCUUCUAAGGUCUACCAGAGGGGGAGAAAACUCAAGAGAGAGAUGGUUAGAGCCCCGCUAGCCACCAGCAAGGAGUUGUUUGACGCGGCGGAGGUGAGUAAAGGGAGCAAAAGCACCAGGUGCAAGGUGCUGAAGAGCAUAGGGAAGGUCUUGAAAGCCAACCCCAGGCCUUCCUUGACGAAAACCCAUAAGGAAGAGAGGGUGCGAUGGGCCAAGGAUAACAUGAAGACGGAUUUCUCGAAGGUGCUGUGGACGGACGAGUCACGAGCGACGCUGGACGGCCCCGAUGGGUGGGCCCGAGGGUGGAUUAUGGAUGGUACUUGUCCGAGCCGAUCCAAGCGUCAACAGGGAGGAAGUGGCGUCAUGAUUUGGGCCGGGAUCAUCGAAGGAAAGGUCUUCGGUCCCGUGAGGGACCAACAAAAAGUGAAAAUGAACUCGCAAGAGUGA